CCUGGCUCAAGGCCCUCGGUAUCGCAUGUCGGAACUUCCGUGGGUCAUCCUCUCUUCCUUUGGCGCAGCGAUGCUGCCUUGGCUCAAGGCCCUCUGGGCGUCCGCGGCCACACCCUCAGGGAGCACGCCCACCGGCAGCGCCUGGGGAUGAGCUCCCCGGAGGCCUCGCCGCUGCUGCCCAACCCAGGGCCAGAGCAGGGGACUUCUCCGAGGCCGUUGAGCCCCGAUGAUGUGGGCGUCGAGAGCGAGGAGGUCCGGAAAGGGAGCAAGAUGGCCAUGGCCCGCGACCAACUGCGACUGAGAAUCGAGAAGGACUACGAAGAGCGCGGCUACGGCAGCAGCUGGUUCUGGAGGAAGAAGCUUGACGUGGCUAGGUGUUACGAGCGUGACGUGUCCCAGUAUGUCGUGGCUGGGCUUAUCACUGCCAAUUUUGUAGCCCAGUGCAUUCAGAGGGGCAUAGACCCAUGCAUGGGCGGAGAGCCACUCCCAGGCGUGCAACACGGGGAGAUUUGGAAGAUCGUAGCGAAUUUGUUCAACGUCAUAUUUUUAGUCGAGCUCCUGAUCAACAUGUACGGUACGUGGCUCUGGCCCGAGUGGAUCAAGGUAGGCUGGAACCAAUUUGAUUGCGUAGUGGUGUGCCUUGGCGUGGUCGACCUGUGUGGGUUUGACUAUCCGGGCCAGCUCCGAUUGCUGCGAAUGUUGAGGGUGUUCCGUAUAUUCCGCCUCUUCGCACGAAUCGAGAGUUUGCAGCAGAUCUUGUUUUCCCUCAAGGCGGCAGUGCCCGAUGUCGCCAGCGCGGCUAUGAUCAUGAUCAUUAUCAUGUCUAUCUUCUCGGUGCUGGCGGUUGACAUCUUGGGCGACGUCUACAGCAGAGAGGCCACGUGCGAAGGCGACGGCGGCGUCUGCCUGGCACAGUGCGAGGAGGAGGCUGCCGUCGGCAUCACUCCCCGCGGCCAUUGCUUCGGCUUUGAGUACUACGGCACGUUCGCGAAGGCCUGGUAUACGCUCUUCCAGAUAACGACGGGGGAGUCCUGGUCGGAGGCCGCAAUCCGACCGGCGCUGUUCUUUUUCCAGGAGCACGGGUUCGGUGUGGCCGGCAAGGUGAUGAUCAUGGUGCUGGUUUUUCUUUAUGUGGUCGUCACUUCUUGGAUCAUGUUGAAUGUGGUUGUGACCGUCUUGCUUGACAAGUUCACGUCAUUCGACAGCGAUCCGGGUGCCAGUCAGAAUGAGCCUAAGGACACGAGAAUGGUAUUCGACGAGAUGAAGGUGUCAGUACGCGAUGACCUUGCAGAUCUGCAAGAGACCAUCGAAGCAAUAGUCAUGAAGAUCAGCAGCCUGCAGAAGAAGGAUCCGCAGAACGAAGGCGCACAUACAGAACAGUGAUGACCACAUGUGAGUGUCACUUCGUGUCCUGAUCACCGUGAUCGUCGCCAUCGUUACGGUAGAGGGAAACAAUUAAUGAAUGUGGCAUGAGUGUUCGCUAUUUUUCCGAGGCCUGUACGAUCUCGUCGUCGUCGUCGUCGCCCUCA